AUGGCUGAGUCCAAAUCAUCUUUUCACCCUGCUCUUGUUGUUUCUAACAUCAAGAAUCUUGUUCCCAUCACCCUUGAGAUGGAGAACGUUCAAUAUGCAACGUGGGCGGAACUCUUCAAAAUUCACGCACGAUCUCACAAAGUCAUAGACCAUAUUAUUCCUCCGGCAAAAGGCAAGGAGAAGCCCCCUAAGACAGAGGAGGAGAUGGAACUGUGGGUCACCCUCGAUGCCACGGUACUCCAAUUGAUCUAUGCCACUAUCUCUCAAGAUUUGCUACAUACAAUUCUUGAACCCGACACCACGGCGAUGGAGGCUUGGAAUAGGUUGCGUGAUAUUUUCCAAGAUAACAAACACUCCCGUGCUGUCACACUUGAGUACGAUUUCACACACUGA